AUGUCGACGCAUACUGUCACAGACAUGAGAUGGCAUAAGGAAAAACGGGUAGACGAUGAUGUGAUGCGGCAUCCUGCAGAUGGGGAGGCAUGGAAAGAUGUGGUUGCCAAUUUCAACGACACAUUCACAAAGAUGAGGUCAUCGCUUCCAAUGGGAAUGACUGAGAACAAUUCACCCACCUACCUCUCCUCCGGCAACCCCUGCCUUGAUUUCUUCUUCCACGUCGUCCCAGACACUCCGCCUUCCUACCUCCACCAACAGCUUCCCCUGGCUUGGGCCCACGAUUCUCUAACCACCCUCAAGCUCAUCUGCAAUCUCCGCGGGGUGCGUGGUUUUGGAAAGUCCGACAAGGAAGGCUUUUACACGGCGGCUUUUUGGCUCCACCAGAACCACCCCAAAACCCUAGCCUGCAACCUCGCCUCCUUUGCCCAAUUCGGGUGCUUUAGAGACCUGCCCGAGAUUAUGUACCGGGUUCUACAAGGCCAAGACGUGAGAGAGAAGGAAAAGGCCGAGUGGCUACGGAUAAAAGGCAGUGGGAAGAGGGGGAGGAGGGGAAGGAUUAUGAGGACAGAUGGAACUAGGAGGGACAAGUCGAAAUCUAAAGCGAAAAGGGUUAAGGAGGAGUCUAGAGAGGUUCGGAUCAACAAGUCAUUGGAGAGGGACAAAUUGGAAAAAGAAAAGGCCAGUGCCUUGAGGACAGAGAAGAUGGUCGCCAUGGCCAAGAAGGCCCUUGACAGGUACCAGAGUGACUCGGAUUAUCAAUUCUUACACGACCAGAUUUCGGAUCUCUUUGCCGAGUGCUUGAAGUCGGAUAUGGAAUGUUUGAAGAGGAAUAACUACAUUACGCUGGCGGCCAAGUGGUGCCCUUCCAUCUACUCCUCCUUCGACCGCGCCACUUUGCUCUGCGAAAGCAUUGCAAGGAAAGUUUUCCCGAGGGAAUUGUGUCCGGAGUAUGAAGGCAUUGAGGAUGAACAUUACGCCUACAGAGUUCGUGACAGGCUGAAGAAGGAGGUUUUGGUGCCGUUGAGGAAGGCCAUGGACUUACCCGAGGUGUAUAUGACUACCAAGCAGUGGGGUUCCAUUCCGUACAACAAAGUGGCCUCUGUGGCCAUGAAGCUUUACAAGGAAAAGUUUUUGGAGCACGACAAAGAGAGGUUUAGCAAGUAUUUGGAGGAUGUCAAAGCCGGUAAGUCCAAGAUUGCCGCCGGUGCUUUGCUUCCUCAUGAGAUCAUUGCCCAACUGAAUAUUGAGCUCUACGAUCAUUAUUCUUCUGAAUCUCCCAACGAAAAUGGUGAUGUUGAUGAUCAAGUGGCUGAGCUUCAGUGGAAGAGAAUGGUGGAUGACAUGCUAAAGCAAGGCAAUAUGAACAACUGCUUGGCUGUAUGUGAUGUCUCAGGAAGCAUGGAAGGAACCCCAAUGGAGGUGUCCGUGGCUUUGGGAUUGUUGGUGUCCGAACUGAGUGAAGAGCCAUGGAAGGGAAAGGUUAUCACUUUCAGUGAAAACCCUCAGCUGCAUUUGAUAAAAGGGGAUGAUCUUAGUUCCAAGUGCAAGUUUGUGAGGAGGAUGGAGUGGGGCAUAAACACUGAUUUUCAAAAGGUGUUUGAUUUGCUUCUCCAAGUGGCCGUGAAUGGGAAUUUGAAGCCAGAGCAUAUGAUCAAGAGGAUAUUCGUGUUCAGCGACAUGGAAUUUGAUCAGGCUUCGAGCAAUAGUUGGGAGACUGAUUAUGAGGCAAUACAGAGGAAGUUUAAGGAGAAAGGGUACGAGAAUGCAGUGCCACAGAUUGUGUUUUGGAAUCUGAGGCACUCGAGUUCUACACCAGUGUCUGAGACACAACCAGGGGUGGCACUGUUGAGUGGCUUCUCCAAGAAUUUGAUGAAGAUGUUCUUCAAACAUGAUGGGGAAAUUUGCCCAGAACUUUUCAUGGAAAUAGCCAUCUCUGGCGAAGAGUAUCAGAGUCUGACUGUAGUAGAUUGA